AAAAAAAAGAGGACUUUAAACCUAUUUGAGCGUAGGGAGCAGGCGGGGAGCUGGGUGGAGAUAGCUUUCUUUACACACGGGGGUUUUCACUCCAGAGUCUCUUGGGAGACGUGGCUCUGAUAGUAAAGGCAACGACCGGAGCUCUCCCCACCCCCAACGCGUCUGACUGUGAAUCACCAUCUGUCAAAGGGAAGCAAAAGGAGCACAAAGAGUUGGAUGCGAGCUACGUUGUCAGCUCUGCUCAGUCCCACUCCAGAACCACGCAAGGAGAGAGCGAAUUGGAAGUCCAGUCAUAAUGGGAGUGUGAAAACGUGUGUGACAAUGUUAUUCCGAAGUCGUUUUCUAUUCCUGCUGGCUGUGGCUGCCUUGCUGGCUGUCCUGAGCCUCAGCCUGCAGUUCUCAGCCUCAACGCGCAGAGGAGUCAGCAUGAGACCAGCUGGAGAUAGGAGAGCUAGAGAAAGGCGAGUGGGAAACCCGCGCUGGAGAGUCCAGGAGAAACCAGGGAGCAGAAAUGGUCCAAGAGCAGUGCAUCUGAUACCUGUGGCACAAUCAAAAGAGGAUGGAAUGGUGGCUAAAACCCGGAAGCGAAUCUUGGUAGAUUUGUACACUGCCCCUCCCAGCCUGGAUCCCAUUUAUGAGGCCUACCUGUACUGCAAUAUGCCGAAUAAAACUGACCGAGGCCUGGAAGGCCAUGCACCGCCAGACUACAGAUUACUAUCGGUUCAUGUUAUGAUUCGCCAUGGUGACAGAUAUCCUCUCUAUGCUAUUCCAAAAACGAAAGCACCUGCCAUUGACUGUACACUGAUCCCUGGCAGGGAACCUUCUCACCGACUGCUGGAAGACUUCAUUAAGAAUAGGAACGAUGCUCCUAAAGGUCAACUGGACAGCCCCUUGAAUAAUAUUGCACUCCUUUCCAGCCACACAAUUUGUGAGAUGGGGGAACUAACCCAAACAGGUGUUGUCCAGCAUCUCCUGAAUGGAGAUCAUUUGCAUGACACAUAUAUUAAGAAACACAAGCUGCUGCCUGACAACUGGACAACAAAGCAACUUUACGUGGAAUCUACUGGAAAGAGCCGGACACUGGAAAGUGGGCUGGCUCUGUUGUACAGUCUAUUGCCAAAAUUUGACUGGGGAAAAAUACGCAUCCGGCACCAAUGGAGCACCAUUUUCUGCUCCAACAGCUGUGACUGCCCCAUGCGCAAUCACUACCUGGAGGAAGAACAGCGGCGGCAAUACAACUUGCGAGUUAAGAAUAGCCUGUUGGAACGGACAUACAUUGAUAUGGCGAAGAUUGUGGGGGUUCCUACAAGGCAGUUAAGAGCAGCUAACCCCAUUGAUUCUCUGCUGUGCCAUUUUUGCCACAAUGUCUCGUUUCCCUGCACAGAACAUGGUUGUAUUAACUUGGACCACUUCAGAGCCAUCAAGGCACAUCAGCUGGAGGAUGAGCGAGACAGGCAGAAAAAGAGACUGUACUAUAAAUAUGCUCUGCUUGCAACCCAUCCGAUUUUAAACCAGACUGUCACUCGUAUGCAACGGAUCGCUCAAGGAAGAAAGGACGAGAUAUUUGCUCUCUACUCUGCCCACGAUGUCACAGUGGCACCCCUGCUCAGUGCUUUGGGAAUCACCAAUGCCAGUUUCCCUCGAUUUGGUGCCCGGUUAAUCUUUGAAAUUUGGCAAAGUGGAAAGGACAAAAGGAAGAAUUUUGUGCGCAUUCUUUAUAACGGUGAUGAUGUCACGUCCCAAACCUCAUUCUGCUCUGGACACAAAGUACAAUCCAAACAACACCUCUGUCCUUUUGAAACUUUUCUAAAUUUUGUAAGAAAGGAUGUGUUUGCAGUUUUUAACAGCACAAAUUAUUAUGAUGCAUGCCACAGAAGGGUGUUUUGAAUAUUUCAACUGGUGGAGAUUCAAUGUAAUGCUAUGUGUUGUGUGUUUUAAUUAUUACAAAUUUGAACUUGUGAUAUUGUUUUGAUGACAAUAUUCAUUUUCAAUAGCAGAAUUAUUUUAUUUCUGGUGACAAUAAAAGAUCACGUGGAUUG